AAAAGCGAUCCGCUCUAAGCCGAGCUCCUCACUCCGUUCUCUCACACUCUCACACGCUUUCCAAAGCUCCUUCCUUCCUGCUGCUGCUACACCUGCUUCGACACGCACUCAGCGAUCGCCCGCUGGGUGAACCUGUAGACUCCUCUGUGCACCAAAACACUGCAACUACAAAAACACUCGUUCUCACUCACAUCCCAGACUUAGGACUGAAGCACCAUCUGUCUUUUGCAGGUGAUGGUUAAUUCUGUGUGAAGUUUCCGACGGAAGCACAGGGAAAGAAGUGUUGCGACUUCCCAGCCCCGAACCCAUCCCCGGCAGCAGAUGUGAGAGAAGAGGAGAGGCACAGAAACACAAUCUGCCCCCUCCACCCUCCUUCAUCGGGGAGAACAAUACACAGCCUGAAGUUGGAGAGGCAGAGCUUUUGUCCCUCUCCCCGCGCUCCUGCUGGAAAGCGACGAGCAGAUGGACACCCUGGCACACAGACCUGCUGCUGGAAGAGAAGACGCUGCUGAGGUUGUUGGAAAAAUCAUCUGUGCUUGCUGUGCUGUUUGAUUCAGUACUUGGACAGCUCCUGAGAGACCGGCAGUGCGUGUUUGCGUGCAUGAAUGUGUAGAUUCUCUCAGGUGACAAAUUUGGCGAGGAAAAUCCAUCAAUGCAGCCCUCGGGUUCACUUCAGAUCGGCCCCUGUGGCUCUGCUCUCUCUCUGCGGGCUCAGGGCACCAUCGGCAGCCUCCAGCAGCUGGAAGAGAAGCAGCUCUUUGAGAAGUUUUGGAAAGGAACCUUCAAGGCUGUCGCCACCCCAAGACCAGAGAGUGUCAUCGUGGCCAGCAUCACCGCUCGGAGAAGGGUGACUGACUUGGAAACAACAGCCUGUCAGACACUGAAGAUGGACGAGAAGAAAGCGGUCGACACAGCAGAGAGAAACGGCUGUGUUAAAGGAAAAAGACGCAAGCACAACAGCCAUCGCAGGGUCAGAAGAUCCUACUUUGAUGAGCAACCUACCCCUGGGCCAGCACCCAAGGGGAAGAAGAAGAAGAAGAAGAGAAAGGCCGAGCGGAAGAAGAAAAGGAAAAGGUCUCCUUCUCAUAGCCUGUCACCACUGAGGAAGAAGAAGAAAAAGAAGAAGAAGAGUUCCAAGAAAAGCAAGCGCCAUCGGUACACAUCCAGAAAGUCAAAACACAGCUAUUCAAGGCUAAGACGUAAGAAGAAGGAUGAGCGCAAGCACAAGAAAAGUUCACGGACUCACUCACGCAGGAGACAGCGCUAUCGGAGGUCAGAUUCGGACACUUCUUCUUGCCAGUCUUCCACAAAGAACAGACAUCAUUUGCAGAAAUCUGUGGUACGUUACGCAAUGGAUGAACUUCCAGCUGUUGGAGAGGAAACCAAUGCAGUGCUUAAGCAAAUGGAGUGGAAACCUACAACCAAAUCAGUGUGUAAAACGGCUCGAAACUAUCGCUCCAUCCUCUCAAACUCUAUCUCGUCAUCAAAACGUGGAAGCAAAGUUUUUCACAGAAAAGCAGCUCGCCAUCGCGCUUUGUCGAGCCAGUCUGAAGGGCCGCGUGAUUACGAUUCUGGCAAUGACACUUCUUCACCUCCAUCAAGCAAAACUGGGGUUUCUCACGCAAGCGUGAGGGAAAAUAAGAAGAGCGUGUGCCAGCGCCUGGCCUCACCGGAGAAGAUGACGUUUGCUCAAAGAGACAAUGCCUCGGAUUCAGGAAACUCCGUGACCAGCUAUGCUUCCUUGUGCAAACCAUACGGCGAGGAUGGCUUGUCUGCCACGUUGUUCAAUGGUUUCAGUGGCAAAAGAGGGCAAAUAACCUUGGGGUGUCGGGGGGAGGUUGUGAGAUCUCCAAAGCCCUCCAGCUGUUCACAGAGGAUGAGUGAGGCAUCUGGACGGCAUUUGAAAGCACGGUCAUCCAGCAGCAGGAGCAGAUCCUCAGGGAGUUCCAGAUGCUCUGGACACUACUCUCGUAGUCUGUCAAUGUCAUCUUGCAGCUCUUAUUGGCGCUCACCAGCUUAUUCUGCUGAUUUGAGAGAACGUGACAGCAUGUCCAGUAUGAGGUCCAGAAGAAGCUGCUCUAAAUACAGCGCUGACAGACUACGAGACAGAAAGAGAGCAUCGAUUUCCAGAGAAAGGGAUAUAAAGUAUACACAUAAGGUCACUGGGAAGAGGCAAAGACGCAAAUCCUACUCCCCUAUGAAGAAAAGGCGGAGAGAUUCGCCAAGCCAUCUGGAAGCACGCCGAAUCACAAGUGCCAGAAAGCGACCAAUCCCUUAUUUCCGACCCAGUCCUUCCUCAAGCAGUCGAUCCACCAGUGUGUCAUCAUGGAGCAGCCUCUUCACUCGCAGCCGCAGCCCGAUCCACAGCCUCAGCAGGAGUCGGAGCAGGAGCCGGGGCCACAGCUACUCCUCCUACAGAAGCUACAGUCGCAGUUCAUCCUGGAACUCCAUCUUUGGAACACGCAGUCGGAGUAGGAGCCACGGUUCGUUGAACAAACGUAGCAAAAAACGCCGCAGGCAUUAGGAUUUUAGAGGACAUCAAAGAAGUGAAACAGGAGUGAUGCUCCCAAAUGAGAGCGAGAAUAACGGCCGUUGAAGCAGUCCAGUGUUCAGCCGGCCUCGCUCCACUUUGAUGCUUGAGUGGAAAA